AUGGCUACGGCGAAUCGUCAAUACGGUCGUCGAGGUGUAACUAAUACUACACUGACUAAUACGAAUAAUGCAAGUUCAAGUGGUGUAGCACCAUCAUCAUCUGCAGGUUCAAUAUCUACUCCACCACGUCGUUAUGUUUUGGAUGUACCAACAGGUCGUACAAAUCGUACACGAACAAUAAAUAGAUUGGCUGAUGAAUAUGAUGACGUAAAUACACGUAGUCGUUCAGCUGGUGCAACAACAUAUUCAACUGUUUUAUCAACAGGUUUUAAUAAUGAAAAUGGUGAACGAUUAUCACGUUCAGAUUCUCGUGAAUAUUAUUAUCGUGAUGGUGCAAGUGAUUCAUCAGCUGUUAGUGUAUCACGUUAUUUAGAAGAUGCAUCUAUUAAACAUUUAAUGGAAUCAAAUGCAACUUAUACAAAUACAGCGGCUGAAGAUCAAGAAGUUCAAGCAUUAACAGCACAAGCUACACCUGAUAUCAAAAAUUAUCCAAUUAAUGUUGAUGCAAAUCCAGAAUUAAUUGUUCGACCGAAUACACAACGAUUAACAUAUACACAAGAUAUUGCUGUUCGAUAUUUAAAACCUGGUACACCACCACCUCCAGGACCUAUUAUUAUUCGUGAAAUUCGUGCACCAGCACCACAACCUGCUCCACCUAUUAUUCUUCGUCAACGUCCUCCUCCACCACGUACACCAUCACCAGUUAUUAUACGUGAAAAACCACCUUCACGUCCAAAAUCUGUUCCAACAACUAUUAUUAAAAAGGUUAUUCCACCACCACCUCCUCCACCACGUAAAUUAAUUAUUGAACGUCUACCAAAACUUCCACCAAAACCACGUCCAGUUAUAAUUGAACGUUGGCUUCCAUAUCAUAAACAAAAACGUCAAGUUAUUCAUGAAAGAGCUAAACCAUUAGAACCACAAAGUCGUAUAAAAAAUACAAUUAUCGAAUGGCGUCCACCUGAAGUUGAAGUUGUUAAACAUGUUAAAAAACUUGGAGUUCAUGAUGCUGAUCCACAGCGAUAUUAUAGUCAACAUGGAGAUAAAUUAUAUGCUACAGAAUUUGUUCAACGAAAAUUAACUGAAUUAGGUCUACAAGAAGAAUUAGCUUUAAUGCAAGAGCAACAAACAUCUGCUGCAAAAGAAGAUAUAGCUCUUGAUCAAGCUAGUGAAUAUAAUGUCCGACAAAUUCUUAAUGGUUAUGGACAAUCAUCAUCAUCAAGACAAACAUAUACAUCAAAUAGUGGUCAGAGUGUAAUGCGUCUUGUUCGUUCAGCAUCUCAUUCAGGUGUUAUCGAUGAAUAUGGUGAACAACAAGUAUCUUAUGAACGUUCACCUAAUAAUUCAGCAACAGUUAUGUAUGAUGGAAAUAGUUAUAAUUUCGAUGAAAAUUCUACUAGAGGAGGAGGAGGAGGAGGAGGAGGAGGAGGAGGAGGAGGAGGAGCUCUUCUCACGGAAGAAAUGCUUUUAAGAUCACAUACAAAUAAUGAUGGUAAAUUUCCAACACAUCUUUUAACAAAACUUGGUUCACAAAUAUAUGAUAUGCCAUCUGAUCAAGUUGAUUAUGCAAAUAAUUCUAGACGAGUUACUACAUCAACAACACGAUAUUAUACAGGAAAUCAAGGUGAAUUAGAAGGUUAUGAAUCAACGGUUGAUGAAACAGGCGAAGCAGCACCUCAUUUUACCGAUGAAAAAUACGUACAGAUAAAAGCAUCUGAUUUAAAAAAUGUUCUGGCUAAUUAUGAUGUUUUUUCAAGUAGCGGACAAAAAUUAGAAGGAGAACAACUUAAUUUUUAA